UGUGCUACUGCGCCUCGAGCAUCCUCAUGACGGUCGUCAACAAGUACGUCGUGUCGGGCAAAGGGUUCAACAUGAACUUCCUCCUCUUGACGAUUCAAUCGGUCGUCUGCGUCUCGUGCGUCGUGGCUGCAAAGCGAUUGGGCGUCAUCACGUUCCGCGACUGGGACCGCGAGGACGCACGCCGGUGGUUCCCCAUCUCGUUCCUCCUCGUCCUCGUCAUCUACACCGGUUCCAAGUCGCUCCAAUAUCUCUCGGUCCCGGUCUACACCAUCUUCAAGAACCUCACCAUUAUCCUCAUCGCGUACGGCGAGGUCCUCUGGUUCGGCGGCAGCGUGACGCCCCUCACUUUAGCGUCGUUCGGCCUCAUGGUCGUCUCGUCCCUCAUCGCCGCGAGCCCCGACCUCCUCAACUGGGUCAACGGCGUCGUCGCGGCGCCCAAGCCCGGCGGUCAGUCGAGCGCAGGCUACCUGUGGAUGUUCUUCAACUGCUUCGUCUCGGCCGGCUACGUCCUCGCCAUGCGCAAGCGCAUCAAGAUCACCAACUUCAAGGACUGGGACUCGAUGUUUUACAACAACCUCCUGUCGAUCCCGGUCCUCGUCGUCUUUUCGUUCCUGUUCGAGACCUGGUCGUCCGACAACCUCGAGCGCAACUUCCCGGAGGAGACGCGCACGAGCCUCCUCAACCUCAUGGCCUUCUCGGGCGCUGCAGCCGUCUUCAUCUCGUACUGCACGGCCUGGACGGUCCGCACGACCUCGUCGACGACGUUCAGCAUGGUCGGCGCCCUCAACAAGCUGCCCGUCGCCGCGUCGGGCAUCCUCUUCUUCGGCGACCCGGCCAACUUUGCCAACGUCUUCUCGAUUUUUGUGGGCUUCAUGGCCGGCAUCAGUCGGCGGCGGCCAAGGCCGGGACCCCGGUCGAGCUCGGCAAGCGCUAAGGCCUGGCGGUCUCUCUGCCUCUCUCAGCGUCGCGCCCGCGCUCUCGUCGCACUUUCCCUCGCCGCCGCACCACCUCGCACCCACCCUCUCUCCCUCUCCUUUCCCACCACCUAGAUUGUCUUUGUCCCCCCUCUCCGUCAC